AUGGCGCGUUCGCGCAGUCGUUCAUCAUCUGAAAGGAGGCGAUCUCGGCGAAGGAAAUAUCACAGUCCUUCAAAGGAUCGUUACAAAGAUCGCGACCGCAGCCAUUCCAGGGAUAAGGAUAGAGAGCGACGCAGCCGAGUCACUGACCGAUCUUACCGCACAAGCCACAAAUCAGAUCGUCGUCGGAAUCGUGUGAGUUCAUCCUCCUCAGAUAGUGCUUCCGUGAAACGUUCCAAAAAGUCCCACUUACGUGACAUUGACAAGAAGAUUCGCGAGGCGCGUAAGAAGGAGGAAAACGAAAGGCGAGCCCAAGAACAACGAGAAAGAGAACGUCGCGCAUUAGAGGAACGUGAACGAGAACAAGAAGCUGCAAAGCAAAUGGAAGCUCGCGUUAAUGAGGCUUUUGAAGCCGCUCUGGUUGACAGGGCGGAUGAUUUGCGCGCAGAAUUGGAGCGAUUAUACCAGGCUGAAAUAGACAAAAAGGUUAAACAUCGACUGGAGGAGAUCGAGAGAGAGAUUCAGCGUGCACAAGAGGAGAAAAGGCGGGUCGAGGAGGAAGAGAAACGUAAACAAGAAGAACUUGAACGUAUUCUUGAAGAAAACAACCGCAAGCUUAUGGAAGCUCGCAAGCGAGAGGCAAGUGCAGAUAUCAACUUUUCUACCUCAUAA